UCCUGGCUCAGUUGACAUGCCGAAAAGAGCCACCAUGCCGCUGAAUUCAAGUUUGGCGAGUAAAAACUACGACUACGACUAUGAUUCUAUCCAGCCAUAUUUUUAUGUUGACAACGAAGAUGAGGAUUUCUAUCACCAGCAGCCAGGACAGCUUCAGCCACCGGCUCCAAGCGAGGACAUCUGGAAGAAAUUUGAGUUGCUCCCCACUCCUCCUCUCUCCCCGAGCCGACCAUCACUGUCUAGUAUUUUCCCGUCGACUGCUGACCAACUGGAAAUGGUGACCGAGUUUCUCGGGGACGACGUUGUAAACCAGAGUUUCAUCUGCGAUGCCGACUACUCCCAAACCUUCCUCAAGUCAAUCAUCAUUCAGGACUGUAUGUGGAGCGGCUUCUCUGCUACGGCCAAGUUGGAGAAAGUGGUGUCUGAAAGACUCGCAUCGCUCCAGGCUGCUAGGAAAGAUUCAGCCGUUGGCGACCACGUAGAGUGUCCUACUCGGUUGAACGCAAACUACUUGCAGGAUCCGAAUACUUCCGCGUCAGAAUGCAUUGAUCCCUCAGUGGUCUUCCCCUACCCAAUAACUGAGACUCCCAAACCAAGUAAGGUGGCACCACCCACGGAUUUGGCAUUGGACACCCCACCCAACAGUGGUAGCAGCAGCAGCAGUGGUAGUGACUCCGAAGAUGAGGAGGAGGAAGAUGAUGAGGACGAGGAGGAGAUAGAUGUCGUUACUGUGGAGAAGAGGCAAGCGGUGAAGCGGUGCGACCCCAGCACGUCAGAGACCAGACAUCACAGUCCCCUUGUGCUGAAGAGGUGCCAUGUCUCCACCCACCAGCACAACUACGCCGCCCACCCCUCCACACGGCACGAGCAGCCAGCUGUCAAAAGGCUGAGGCUGGAGAACAGCAGCCGGGUCCUCAAGCAGAUCAGCAGCAACCGCAAAUGCUCAAGUCCCCGGACAUCGGACACGGAGGACUACGACAAAAGAAGGACUCAUAAUGUACUGGAGCGCCAGCGGAGGAACGAGCUCAAACUGAGCUUUUUCGCUCUACGGGAUGAGAUACCGGAUGUGGCCAACAAUGAGAAGGCAGCCAAAGUGGUCAUCCUAAAGAAGGCUACAGAGUGCAUUUACAGCAUGCAGACAGAUGAGCAGAGACUAGUCAACCUCAAAGAGCAACUAAGGAGGAAAAGUGAACAUUUGAAACAGAAGCUGGCACAACUGCAGAACUCAUGUUUGAGCUCAAAGCGCCAUUGACUUAUUGGGCUCUGCAUUUUUAUGCAAGUUAAGACUUGGUGUGUAUAGUUGAUAUUGAAAUGCGAAAGUAUGUUUUUUUGGGGGGGUGCUGUCUGAUUUCAAUGUUAAACUGACUCAAUUGAAGUUAUGGGCAGUAAAAUAUUUAAAGUUUAUUUUUAUUAAUAAAAUAUAAAAAAAAUAGGGCUACACAUGUUGCAUGCCCGAUCUAAAAUAUGGAUUUUAUGUUUUGUAUAUAAUUACUGACUAUUUCUUGAAAUGUAUUUUUGGAUCUCAAUUGUCUGGAAGUUCUGACACUUGUUUUCACUGUAUGGUUUUUCCAUAUUAUGUUCAUUUGAAAUAUAAAUGCAUUUCUUUUUGA